CCGCGUGGCUCGCUGGAGUGCCUAGCCGUUCCAGCUCCAGAUUUGGAAAUUUAUGACUUGGCUGAUGAAGCUUCCAGAUGUUCCGCUGCUGUAUGGCAUCUGGUCGACUCCGGGAUGAAAGCUAUCGCGGGAGGUGCCCAUCGAUUGCGCUCUGGAUUUCAAUGGCAGCGGGGCAUGCGUUUUCGAUCGCUUGGCACGCAAGUGGUUAACGUUGCGAGUUCGGAGGACAUCGCCGCGUUUGCCGCAAUGCGACCACAUCCCAGGAGCGUCGAAUACUUGACCACGACAGUGGACCCGCGGCAAAUCGCAGAGUUUCUCCACCUCGAGAUGCCUAUUCGGUACGCUGAGCGCAUACGUGCUUUGGAGCAGGUGCCUCGGUGGCAAGCGAUACCGGACCUGGUCGAUGUGCAUGAUAUUCACGUAAAAUCCUUCAAGUCGUUUCGUGUCUCUGAAUUAGACGAUUUUGCCGAAGUCACACACCAGGCAUUGCUGAGAGAGCAAACUGUUGUGGAGAAACUUGCGAAGUCAGUACACCAUCUCCGUGACGAUGCCGGUGAUGGCAUUACCGAUGAUUCCGUGUGCCGCAAUCUGCAUCACAGGUUUGCCCGUACAGAAUUUGGUUGCAUUGGCAGUCUGGAUAAUGAAACUGCUCUAAGGUCUCAGUUCUUGGACGAUUUCUUGUUAAACCGCAUCGGAUGCCAAGUUUUGCUGGGACACUACUUGGCUUGUCGUGCAGGUCAGCGGAAUGGAAUUAUCGAUACUCGCUGUGAUACCAGACGAGUAUGCCGUGCAGCUGCGGAGGCUGUGCUGGAUAUGUGCUGGGAAUGCACGGGAAGAAGACCUUCCGUCUUUGUCAACGCACAUUCGGCUUGCGGCGGCAAGGGCACGGAUGAUGGUCAAGUUCCACGCUUCCCUUACAUGCCGCACGUCUUGAAGUAUAUUGUCAGCGAGCUGCUCAAGAACAGUUGCCGUGCAACCACGGACAUGUUGAGCGCUCAUGACUUACAAGCCGAUGACUUCCCCAUCAACGUGGUUAUUUGCGCUGAUGAAGACCACGUGACAAUAUGCGUGGCUGAUCAAGCGGGUGGUAUUCCGCGUGAGGCGAACCCGUGGUCAUACUUGUACACUACGGCGGAGGAUGGCGCCUAUGGUGGCACAAAGAAGCUUGCCGGUCAUGGAGUAGGUCUUCCCUUGUCGCGAUUGUACGCAAGAUACCUCCAUGGCUCGCUUGACCUGGUGUCCCUGCCUGGAUACGGGACGCACGCAUAUGUCAACCUGCCUAGGGUUGAAUCACAACAAGUAGAAGUGGUGCCAGAUGCGGACUACGAGUACGACUAUGCGAAUCUGCUGGACUUUACUGUGUGA